AUGCCCACACAGGUGAAGCUGCUUCCUGCAUCUGGGGAACGUAUUCCUGUUCAGCCUGGAGUGGCUCUUGUUCAAUCUGUAGGUUAUGAACCGGACACUGGAAUAGCUUCAUCUUCAAAGCCAGAAGAAAGUUUCUAUGCUGACAAUUACAAUCCCUUCAAGGAUGAAGAUGCCCCAGAGUACUUGAACCCAUUUGAUGAGCCAGAUCCUGAGCCUGAAACGUUUGUAACUGUAAGAGAUUCUCCUCCACAACCUGCAAAAAGGAAAAACGUCAGACCAGUGGAUAUGAGCAAAUACCUCUACGCAGAUACUUCUAAAGCUGAAGAGGAAGAGCUGGAUGAAUCAAAUCCAUUUUAUGAACCAAAAUCAAGCCCUGCUUUAAUUCAAGUUGCUCCACUGCAAGAACCAGAAAAGAAAAUGAAAAGAAAGGCUCCUGAACCACCAAACCUCUUGCCAAAGACAGAGACAGGCACGAGCGAGAUCAACUCAGCUAUUCCUGCAUCGAGGGAGCUUUCUUCUUCUCCUAAGCCAAGCCCAAUCCCAAGUCCUGUUUUGGGGAGAAAGCCAAACGCUAGUCAGUCACUGCUUGUGUGGUGCAAAGAAGUUACAAAAAACUAUAGGGGAGUGAAAAUCACCAAUUUUACUACAUCGUGGAGAAACGGUUUAUCGUUUUGUGCAAUAUUACAUCACUUUAGACCAGAUCUAAUUGACUACAAGUCCCUGAAUCCUCAAGAUAUUAAAGAGAACAACAAAAAGGCCUAUGAUGGUUUUGCCAGUUUAGGAAUAUCACGGUUGCUGGAACCUUCUGACAUGGUUUUAUUAGCGAUACCUGACAAACUGACUGUUAUGACCUAUCUCUAUCAAAUAAGGGCACAUUUCUGUGGCCAAGAAUUAAAUGUGGUUCAAAUAGAGGAGAACAGUAGUAAAAGCACAUAUAAAGUGGGUAACUAUGAAACAGACCCAAAUAGUUCUGUCGACCAGGAAAAAUUCUACGCGGAGUUAAAUGACCUGAACCGGGAGCCCGAGCUGCAGCCGCCAGACAGUGCUUUGGCAGACUUUGCUUCUCAGGAUGACUCCGUAUUUGUCAAUGACAGUGGUGUUGGCGAAUCUGAGAGUGAGCAUCAGACUCCUGAUGACCAUUUAAGCCCAAGCACAGCUUCCCCUUCUUCUCGCAGAACUCGAAGUGACACAGAUCCACAAAAAUCCCAGCAGAGCUCUGGAAGGACUUCUGCAUCUGAAGAUGUUGGGAAGUGUAGCAGUACAGAUACAAUGCAAGCGCAGCCUACGUUGGGAAGGAAGAAAUUACUGAUAGCUGACACCUUAGACUUGAGUGACUUGGCACAUGUCAGUGAUCAAAAAGAGGAUGUGUCUCCCACAGUAGCUUGUGAAGAUAGUGACAGGAAGAGACACCAGAGCUCAGACAGUACCAUUGGUUUCUCAGAACAAGAAAAGCUGGGACGUAUAGGAUCCGUAGAGAGCACAAGAGCUGAUCCUGGUUCACCUGUCACAAGGCCGAAUUUAUCUCCUACUUCUAAGCUUGGAUACUCCUAUAACAAGGAUAUGGAUCUUGCAAAGAAGCCUCAAGCUUCUCCGAGGCAAACAGAAUCUGAUUCUGACAAUGAUGCCAGAACAGCUUUAAAUCAUGCAGAUCAAACUGCAAAAACAGCCCAGCAACGAAUGUUGUCAAGACAGGAAGAACUUAAAGAACGAGCAAGAGUUCUGCUUGAGCAAGCACGAAGAGAUGCAGCUCUAAAGGCAGGGAAUAAGCAACUAACCAGUACAAUCAUCCCAGCACGCAAUAAGCAGCUGAAUGAUCAGCAAGAUGAAGAGCGGCGUCGGCAGCUGAGAGAGCGAGCUCGUCAGCUAAUAGCAGAAGCUCGAUCUGGAGUGAAGAUGUCAGAACUUCCUAGCUACAGUGAAAUGGCUGCAGAAAAGUUGAAAGAAAGGUCAAAGGCAUCUGGAGAUGAGGAUGAGGAUGAUGAUGAUAAUAUUGAGAUAGAUACUAACGAGGAGGUUCCUGAAUGCUCUGUUACUGGAGGUGGAGAUGAGCUUACUAACCUAGAAAAUGACCUUGAUGCAACGGAACAAAACAGUAAGUUGGUGGAUUUGAAGCUGAAGAAGCUCCUAGAAGCUCAGCCACAGGUGGCAAAUUCACUCUCCAGUGCUGCUCAGAAAGCUGUAACUGAUAGCUCAGAGCAAGACAUUAAGAAUGGAACAGAGGAACAUCGUGCUGAGCGAUUACAAAAAGCAGCAGAACGGUUUAGAAAUCCUGUUGUGUUCAGCAAGGACUCUACCGUCAGAAAAACUCAGCUCCAGUCUUUCAGUCAAUACGUGGAGAGCAGACCAGAGAUGAAAAGGCAGAGAUCAAUACAGGAAGAUACAAAGAGAGGAAAUGAGGAGAAGGCUGCGAUAACUGAGACUCAGAGGAAGCCAUCAGAAGAUGAAGUGCUUAAUAAAGGGUUCAAAGACACCAGUCAGUAUGUUGUAGGAGAAUUGGCAGCACUAGAGAAUGAGCAAAAGCAAAUUGACACCCGUGCCGCGCUGGUGGAGAAGCGCCUUCGCUAUCUCAUGGACACAGGAAGAAACACAGAAGAAGAAGAAUCUAUGAUGCAAGAGUGGUUCAUGCUGGUUAAUAAGAAGAAUGCCUUAAUAAGACGAAUGAACCAGCUUUCUCUUCUGGAAAAAGAACAUGACCUAGAAAGGCGCUAUGAACCUAGGGAGCUAAGAGCAAUGCUUGCUAUUGAAGGUCGAACUGAAGGAGCCUUCCCCAAAAGGAGCAAAAGGGCAAGCAGCGGUGGAAAUCGAAAGACUGCCUUGAAAAUUAGCACCUGA